AUGGCUUGCCUUCAAAAACUAAGACAAGAUGUUGCAAUGCUAGAAUCUCUGUUUCCAAAAGAACACGAACGUUUUCAGGUACUUUCAGCAUCAGUUGAUGAGAUUACAGUUCAGUUUAUUAACCCUCAGAAUAAACCAAUCGUCGUCACAGCUAACGUUCUAGAAAAUUAUCCACACGUUGCACCUAUCUGGUUUAGUGAGUGUGAUGAUUCAACAGUUACAGCGAUUUUGCAGUCACUUACUGAAGCAGAAGCACCAUGUUACAUUUUACUACAAACGCAUGAACUUGUUUCACGCUUAUGUUCCUACUAUAAUGUUACUAUACCUACUGAAUUGAUCUCUAUUGGCCCUGUUGGAGAUGAAAGGGAUGAAGGAAUGGAGAGUGACGAUGAUUAUAUUUUAAUGGAGGAAGAAACAACGUCACGUAAAGAUGCCGGAGAUGAAGAAGAUUUGUCAGCAGAACAGAAAGCAAUAUUUGCGAGACUUAACCAUGUACAGCGUGAGCAACAUUUGACGGGAGCUGCAGCAGGUUCUGUGACAGCUACUGAUAGACUAAUGAAAGAACUGAAAGAUAUAUAUCGUUCGGAUCAUUUCAAGAACGGUGUAUAUUCGGUAGAGCUAGUAAUGGAUAGCCUUUAUGAAUGGCACGUGAAAUUAAAAAAGGUGGAUCCGGAUAGCAGUUUAGCACACGACAUGAAAGUGAUGAUAACGAAAGAAGCACAGGAUUAUAUUUUAUUUCAUUUCCUGUUCAAGGAUACAUUUCCUUUCGAACCGCCAUUUGUACGCUUAGUUUCUCCAACAAUUACGAAUGGAUUUGUUUUGGGAGGUGGUGCUAUCUGCAUGGAACUUCUAACAAGGCAAGGGUGGUCAAGUGCUUAUAGUAUCGAAUCUUUGAUCUUACAAAUUGCCGCUACUUUAGUAAAAGGAAAGGCGCGCAUCAAUUUCUCAGUUAAAGGGCAGUAUACUUUAGCGCGAGCGCAACAUGCAUUCUCAUUGCUUGUGCAGACUCAUGCAAAAUCGGGAUGGUUUACACCUCCUCAGGCAGAUGGUUGA